UCCAUGAAGCAUUCAUUCUAGACCCAACUUUGUAGGCUAGAUUUGCAGCUUUUAUCUCUUUGGAUGAUACGUGCUUCGGUUCAGUGUGUCUGGAAUUUAAUUACUACUGCUUCAAAAUGCCAGGACUCACCAUUGGAGACGCCAUCCCCAACCUUGAAGUUGAAACCACCCACGGAACGAUCAAACUCCACGACUACGUUGAUGAUUCCUAUGCCAUUAUUUUCUCUCACCCGGGUAUGAACGUAAUCACCACCUAAUUCUUCAUUAAUUAGCAUGCAUGCAUGAUGGAAUAUACUACUAUUUAAUUUCUUCCACACAUGCAUGUAACAGUCAUGCCCUAAUUUUUAUCAAGUUUAUAUAGCUAGUGUUCGCCAACAGCCUCUUAGUACCACCAAGACAUUUAAGUAUGUCUUGAUGGGGGUGGGAGGCAAGGGCGUCUUACCACUUAAUUGUGAUUUUCUCUGAUAGAAAAAUCUCGUCGGCUUCCUGCUCUUUCCUUAAACUAAAUAAAUUAGAGUAGGUUAUAUAAAUAUUAUCGCUGCAACAAAAUAUAUAUAUAUAGCUAGUUUUCAUAAUGCAUAUGCGUGUAAAUGAAAUGUUCUUCAUGCAUGCAGCUGAUUUCACACCGGUGUGCACCACUGAACUUGGUAUGAUGGCUGUGUAUGCUCACUAUGCUGACAAGUUCGAGAAGAUGGGAUGGGAGUGAAGCUUUUGGGUGUGUCUGGCGAUGAUGUCCAGUCCCACCAGGAAUGGGUCAAGGACAUUGAAGCCUAUAACGGAAAUCAUACAUGACUAAGGAAAAAAAAACCGAAAUGUGAAUGCGGGCCUUGUUUUUAAAUUGCGUUUGGAUUGUUUUUCAACUUGUGGACCACCCGGGAGCCUAUAUUUCCCCUGUAUACCACCAGUCAAAAAGAAGCAGCAGCAUGAUGGAGAAAGUUGCGGGGUGCUGUCGAUCAUCACUAUCCUAAAAUUUACUUUUGCUUAAUUAGAAACAGUCUGUAGCAGCAGUAGCAACAAAGCCAUCAAUUCCCCCGUCUGGGCUGUGGGGGUUGGGAGAGUGCUUUAUCAGGGAGGAUCAGCAAUCCCCUAAAAAGCAGCUGACCUUUUGGGGCCAGGCCAGCCGAGCAAAUACUGCAGUGCAGUAGAAAAAGUGUUUCGAGUGUUGACUUAGCAGCUGUUUUCCCAUCCCAUUAUCCAACUGUCUAGCUAGUAGUAGCAGCUACCAAAAGAAAAGAAAAGAAAAGCUUGAAGAAGGAAGCUAAUUAACUAACAUCAACGCCACCAAACAAUGCAUGUUAGGAGAUUAUCCCACUUCCACCAGCGCCUCCACCUCCACGUACUGAAUAUGUUUAUUCUACUAGUAGCGGCGGUGGUUGUACAGCGAGCCGCUGGUACCUGCCGUAAUUACUGCAACAGCAUCCCUAUAAACUACCCAUUCGGCAUUGACGACGGAUGCGGCUCCCCCGAGUUCCGUCACAUGUUAAACUGCUCCUCCACGGACUUGUUCUUCGCCACCCCAUCCGGGAACUACAAGGUCCAGUCCAUCGACUACGACAAGAAGAACCUGGUCAUCUUCGAUCCGGCCAUGUCCACUUGCUCCAUUCUCCAACCUCACCACGACUUCGUCCUGUCGGACAUUCAAUCGGCCCUCAUCCCCCCCUCGUCCGACACCGUCUUCGUUCUCAUGAACUGCUCCAUAGACUCCCCAGUCCUCAACCACUACAAGUCUCUGUGCUUCAACUUCGCCGGCCAUACCUGCGACGAACUUUACGGGGCCUGUACUUCCUUCAAGCUCUUUCAUCUCUUGUCCAACAGUACUCCGCCGCCGUGCUGCUUCACCGGCUACGGCACCGUCAAGUUCAUGAGCAUGAACAUACUGGACUGCACGCAUUACACCAGCGUCUAUAACACGGAUAACCUGAAGGGCGUUGGGCCGUUGGACUGGCUGUAUGGGAUCAAGUUGUCUUAUGGGGUCCCGGAUACCGGUUGCGAACGGUGUACCAAAUCCGGCGGGACCUGCGGCUUCGAUGUGGAGACUCAGGCGCUGCUCUGCAUUUGCUCUGCCGCUGUCAAUGCUACCAGAGAAUGUGGAGCUGGAAGUGUUUCAUCGACUGCAGGACAAAAACCGUGGCAGAGGACAUCCUCCUUCUUAUUAACCUGUACAGUAUACUACUCUGUCUCUGUGUUUGGUUACAGCAGGCAGUCGUUUGUAACACAAUUUCAAAGAGAUUAAUGUUUUUGUUCUUUUUUUUUUUUUUUUGUGGCGGCUAAUGAAUCGGAGUUUGGUUAUCUCGUGAGAUGGGAAAAAUCACCAAAAGGAGUAUGCCCGCUCUUCUGUGCUUUGAUUUUGAAUUUCGUGGAUUACUACCAUCACUUUGUUCGUAUGCGUAUAUUUGGUAGCACUGAAGCUUUACAAGAGAUUGAUUUAGCUCA